GAACGUCGUCACGCAGGAGGAAGUGAACGGGACUAUUUGACAGUGAGCUUGCUAAGCAUGGCAGCAAAGGCAGUUCUGCCUAGGAGGGCCGACCCCACUGAGCUGAAAGCCAUUUUUGAAAAGUAUGCCAGCGUCAAGAAGAAUGGCGACUGCUUCAUGUCGCCGCAGGACUUUGUGAACCGUUUCCUCCAUGCCCACACAGAUAUCCGUCUGUCGGAUGAGGCCACAAAGCUGCUGGCUGGAGUGGUGGAUCAGAAGAAAGAUGGGUUGAUCUCCUUCCAGGAGUUUGUAGCGUUCGAGUCAGUGCUGUGUGCCCCAGACUCCCUCUUCAUGGUUGCUUUUCUGCUUUUUGAUAAAGCAGGCAGUGGAGUGACCUCUUUUGAGGAUGUGAAGCAGGUCUUCAACCAGACCACCAUCCACCAGCACAUCCCCUUUAACUGGGACUCUGAGUUCAUACGGCUGCACUUUGGCACACAGAGGGACAAACAGCUCAGCUAUGGAGAAUUCACCCAGUUUCUCCUGGAGAUGCAGCUGGAACAUGCGCGGCAGGCUUUCAUCCAGCGGGACCAAGCCCACAGCGGCUCUGUGUCAGCCCUGGACUUCAGGGACAUCAUGGUCACCAUCCGGCCGCACAUGCUCACACCCUUCGUGGAGGAAUGCCUCGUGGCGGUUGCGGGUGGCAGCACGUCUCACCAGGUCAGCUUCUCAUACUUCAACGGCUUCAAUUCGCUUCUCAACAACAUGGAGCUGAUCAGAAAGAUCUACAGCACCCUGGCUGGCCACCGCCGAGAUGUGGAAGUCACCAAAGAGGAAUUCAUUGUUGCAGCUCAGAGGUUUGGCCAGGUGACACCCAUGGAAGUCGACAUCCUCUUUCAGCUGGCUGACCUGUCAGACCCCCGUGGACGUGUUGGUUUAGUGGACAUUGAGAACAUCGCUCCACUGGAGGAAGGCGCCCUGCCCUACAACUUGGCUGAGGUCCAGAGACAGCAGUUGGGCAGUGACGGCUCCCGCCCCAUCCUCGUCCAGGUGGCAGAAUCGGGCUACAGGUUCACCCUUGGCUCAGUGGCAGGGGCUGUGGGUGCUACAGCAGUGUACCCCAUUGAUCUGGUGAAGACACGUAUGCAAAACCAGAGGAGCAGUGGCUCCCUGGUGGGAGAGCUCAUGUACAAGAGCAGCUUCGACUGCUUCAAGAAGGUGGUGCGCUACGAGGGCUUCUUUGGCCUUUACCGAGGUCUUGUACCACAGCUACUGGGUGUGGCACCCGAGAAAGCCAUAAAGCUCACAGUGAAUGACUUUGUGCGAGGAAAGACCCGGCAGAGAGAUGGCACAGUCCCGCUGCCCGCUGAGAUCCUGGCCGGUGGAUGUGCUGGUGGCUCCCAGGUGAUCUUCACCAACCCUCUGGAGAUUGUAAAGAUCCGUCUGCAGGUGGCGGGAGAGAUCACCACAGGGCCACGGGUCAGUGCCCUGUCUGUCAUCAGGGACCUAGGCUUCUUUGGACUUUACAAGGGUUCCAAGGCCUGUUUCUUGCGGGACAUCCCCUUCUCAGCCAUCUACUUCCCCUGCUAUGCCCACACUAAGGCUUACCUCUCUGAUGAGGACGGACGGAUAGGGCCAGCCAAGAUGCUGUUUGCUGGAGCGCUGGCAGGCAUGCCGGCGGCCUCUCUGGUGACCCCAGCUGACGUGAUCAAGACCAGGCUACAGGUGGCGGCACGUGCCGGUCAGACCACUUACAGCGGCCUGGUGGACUGUUUCUGGAAGAUUCUGAGAGAAGAAGGACCCCGGGCUUUCUGGAAAGGAGCUGGAGCUCGCGUCUUCAGAUCCUCGCCUCAGUUUGGAGUGACCUUGGUGACCUAUGAGCUCCUGCAGCGCUGGUUCUAUAUUGACUUCGGAGGACAAAAGCCAGCUGGCUCAGAGCCCACCCCCAAGUCUCGGAUCAGCUUGCCGGCGCCCAACCCCGACCACAUCGGAGGCUUCAGGUUGGCCGUGGCCACGUUCGCUGGCAUCGAGAACAAGUUUGGACUCCAUCUCCCACGCUACACGGUGCAGACGGUAGCAACGGCAGCGGCGGCCCCCUCCAAUGCGAGCACCCCCUGAACCUCCAAUGGUGGGGAGUAAGUGAGAAGUGAAAGAGAGGGCUAGAAUGUUUUCCACCAAGCCAUUGUUUUUAGUAUUUAAAGUUACUUAUUUGUUAUUGUUUCUUCUUAUAAUCAUAUAUAUGGUAGUUCAUAUGCAACCAUAUGGAUUAGUGAGCCAGUUAGCACAGGUACGCAAAGAAAAGUCUUUGUAGCACUCGUGUCGUAUUUAUUUUACCUUUGACUGACAUUGUAUAGAGUUGUAUUAUAAUGUGGUUUUGUUUUUAAUACAGUUGGUACAGUAUAUGCACACAGGCAGCAGAAGGGCUGGCAGUUGUUUACUGCUGAGAACUGAUGCUUUUUUGGGGGGAAAUAGUAUCAAAAACUACAUACAGUUGCAGCUUCUUCCAGUGUCUUCCUUUUGUUUGCUUGAUAAUCCAAAGCACAUUCCUCGUGUGAUCAUGUAGCUGGCCAAAAAAAAAAAGAUUGAUCAUAAAUAUGGCACUUCUGUAUAUACGAGAAAUCCAGAGACAUAUUUUCAUAUCUAUAUGGCUAUUUUGGUCCUGAGUUGCUCUUUCAAAAGUGUGCUAAUUUGAUCAAAUGCAUCUACAAGAAUAUGACCAAAAAAAGUACUUGAAUGUAAAGACACAGUGUAACAGUCAGACUGUAAACAAUGUUUACUGUUGUAAGAUGUUUGGUUUCAGGUCUAAAUGUAAGCAGAUGUGUAAAUAUCUGAGACAGCUGGCACCGACUGCACUUCUGUGUUGUGUCACGACUGAGUAUUUAAAUUUGUACAGUACAGAGAAUGUAGGAGUUACAUAUGGUGUGUAAUAAUCGUGCCUUACUGUACGUAUGGCAGCAACAUGUGUA